GCGCGCCGUCGUCAUGUGACGUUCCCGUUCUCUUGCUAAAUCAGCCUAAUUUUUAGCUGACGGAGUAGGUCUAUUCUACUUUUACCCUGCAAGAGCUUGCUUUGAGAUCUCAUUUUUGACGUUGAUAUCUUGUCUUCUGAGUGAUUUUUUCGUUUUGAUCAGCAAGAACCACAGGGAAGUUUUGCAGUUUGAUCCGCGAGAAACAGACUGUAAACACUUAAGAAUUACUAGAAGAUAACACUUAGGUCCAGGACUUUGUCAACUGGAAAUGAAUAGUGUACUAUUCAUCUUUACCGUUGCCCUUAUUCCCCUGGUGUUGAGUCAGUAUAAACCAACAUGGGAAUCACUGGACUCACGUCCCCUCCCCUCUUGGUAUGAUGAGGCUAAGUUUGGUAUUUUUAUGCAUUGGGGAUUGUACUCAGUACCAAGUUUUGAGACAGAAUGGUUUUGGUACCGCUGGAAGCAUGAUCAGAGACCAAACUUUGUGGAAUUCAUGAAGGAAAACUAUCCUCCAAACUUUGGGUAUGAAGACUUUGCUCCAAUGUUCAGGGCGGAGUUCUUUGACCCUGAGGCAUGGGCUGACCUUUUGACAAAGUCUGGUGCAAGAUAUUAUGUCCUGACCAGUAAACAUCAUGAAGGAUGGACAAACUGGAGAUCAAAUGUAUCAUGGAACUGGAACUCUGUUGACAAUGGACCUCACAGGGAUCUUGUGGGGGAGCUAGCGACUGCCAUUAGAAGUAAAACCAACAUCACUUUUGGAUUGUAUCAUUCCCUCUUUGAAUGGUUCCAUCCACUCUACUUGAAGGAUCAUGCCAAUAACUUUGAGACACAGGAUUACGUCAAGGAAAUUCUCAUGCCAGAGCUGCAUGAUCUGAUCAACACAUAUAAGCCUGACUACUUGUGGUCAGAUGGUUCAUAUGGACCUGACACAUACUGGCAAAGUCAGGAAUUUCUUGCAUGGCUUUAUAAUGAAAGCCCUGUUAAAGACACUAUUGUGACAAACGAUCGUUGGUGUACCAAUGGAUGUCUUUGCCAUCAUGGUGGAGUGUUCACUUGCCAUGAUCGUUACAACCCAGGCAAACUUCAGAAUCACAAAUGGGAGAAUGCAUUGACAGUGGAUACGGGUUCCUGGGGCUACAGACGUAAUGUGGGCAUUCACUUAUAUUUGAACAUCAGUCAACUGAUCUAUCAACUGGCUUCUACCGUAAGCUGUGGUGGUAACAUGUUGUUGAAUGUUGGCCCGACGGCAGAUGGCCGCAUCAUACCUGCAUUUGAGGAGCGUCUGCUGCAGAUGGGAGAGUGGCUGUCUGUGAAUGGUGAAGCCAUUUACAGCACUAAACCUUGGAGAGUUCAGAAUGACACCAUUAACAAAGAUGUCUGGUACACAUCCAAAGCUGAUGCUGUGUAUGCCAUCGUCCUUGAGUGGCCAGCUACAACUAACCUCAUUCUUGGAGCUCCAGUGGCAACCAAACACACUAUAGUCACCAUGUUGGGUUAUCAAGGAAAGUUUGCCUGGAAACCAGCAGGUGACAAAGGUGGCAUAAUUGUCACUUUUCCUGCCAUCCCUGUAAACAAGCUUCCUUCCAAAUGGGCCUGGGUUUUGAAGCUGGAGAACAUUGAGUGAAAUUACAUCAACUGCUAUUAGAUUGUAGCCUGGGGACUUCCAUGUUAAAGGAAUGGGAAUGCUUGUCGAAAAAUUUCAAAAAUAUUCGUUUUAAGGAGGAAAAUGUGGGUGUAGUUUAAGCUUUAGCCUCUAGGUAGCUAUCCUAAACAGCCUGACUAAUAAGAGUGAUGGUGAUCAAAUGACAUCAAACGCUUUCAUCUAUGAUGUAAUAGAAAAACAUUUCAUUCAAGAUUGAUCUAAACCACCAUCUCAGUAUGACAGUGUGCCACUAUACUGGGUUGAUAUACAUUUAUCAGCGUUUUGUCCUGACGGACAAAUUCUGUAAUUUACAUCUUGAAGGCAUUAACAGAAACAAUGAGCAUCCCCAUCCCUUCUAGAUGUGAGCUCUUAUCCCUCUUGGAAUCUUAGAUUGCUCCCUGCAAGUUGUAAAGUCUUAACUUUAGAAAUCAAGGUGUUCAUAUCUGACCAAUCACAGUUAACACUGCAGUGAACCAUUGAGUACUUGAAGAAAGCGGUAAAACCCAUGCUUGCCGAGCACAGGUAAAUGUGUGCAAGCAAAGGUAUGGUUGUCUUAAAGUUUGCUCAUGAUUGGUUGAAAAAACUACAUGAUAGCUCUGAUUGGUUAGAAUGUGUCUCGUGAGUUUUCUUAAAAGUUUAUUAUAGAGCUCUUGGCAAAUACAAAAUCAAAGCGGGCACAAAUACCUAUCAGGAAUUUACAACAAAUAGGCCCUUUGCAGGUAAGCCAUCAUGUGACCUAUUUUUCAUAAAAUUAUGGGCUAUAACUUAACGAAU